GCACCGGCUUGAGUCACUAAGCCGAAAGACCGGGAACUGCAAUUGUUUACCUUGUACACCGUACAUAAGCCUCAACUGCAUCACGCGGACUGACACCGUCACUGUCUCCACCAGUGUUGCCGAGGCGGUUGUCUAUAUUUACAGGCCGGCUUUCCCUCUUGGGUCUGUUACCGUCGAAAGAUCAGGGCUUGUCCACACUUUUAGGUCGCCUACGUUUAGUGGACAUCAACUACACCGCAUGGAUGAGUAUCCCGAGGUCGAUCCGCUGACGACACCACCUCCCUUCUACAGUCAAACUCCGGCAAACAGCCAACUCAUCGUGCCCAUCUUCGGCAUCGUUCCUCCCACGCCCGGCCAUGUCACACCAGUACCAAGCCCGAGUCCGAUCGCAACAGCGGUGAACCGGAACCGGCGUCCCUCAGCAUACGAAUUAAUGCCACAAGGUUCGCACUCGGGUGUCAUCAGUCUCCAAACACCCGGUCCCUCAGCAACAUCAACAUUCGAUACCUCGCAUGCGCACGCACACCCUCGCCGUCCAUCCCUCUCCGCCGUCCAAAACCUCCACACCGAACCCAACGUCCACGACCCCAGUCCCGACCUCUCCAACCUCGCAGCCCAGCGUCGCCCCUCCGCUUACGAACUCGCCCCCCACGGCUCCCACUCCGGCGUAAUCCCCACGCGCUCCCUCUCCUCGACCGGAAUUCCCUACUCCCAAACCUUUGAACGCCGUUAUGCCGUCAUCUCACUGCUCGUGCGUCCCAUCUCGGGUCCGGAUGAUCCGAGUUAUGUCAACCAUAAACAUCACAAUGAGUUUUCGGAGAAGGAGAGGGAUGGGAGGAUUAGGGGAAAAGAUUUGGAGGCAGAGAAGGAGAAGGAGAAGGAAAAGGAAAAGGAAAAGGAGAGGGAGGCGGAGAAGAAGAGAAAGGGGAGUUGGAUGAGGAGGAAGAGUAGUGCCGCGAGUGCGGUUAGUGUUGGGAGCAGCAUUGGCGCAGGGAGGACGGAGAGUGUCGUGGCAGCUGGUUCUGGGUAUGGAGUUCGAAGUAGUCGGGAAAGGAGGGAGUCGGCGGUUUCGACAACUUCGUCACAGGGAACAUCACCACUGGGGCCUGGUAGGAGGGAAUCAAGCGGCACAACACCUGGGCAAUUUCCUCUGGUUGAUCGUGACUCCGCUACCGCCGCGAGCUCAGUACUGGUAACACCAGGCACCUCCCCCGAAUCCCCAUCAAACAUGGCAUCGGCACAACGCAGACCGUCAGGCGUAGGCAUGUUGGGCGUCAUCGGGCGUCGCUUCUCGAAUGAGAGUACGGGAAGUAACUCCAGUGCCAAUGCGGGAGCCGGGAGAAAAGGCAGUGUUGCCAGUGUGGAGGGGGAGAAGAAGAAGGGUGGGAAGUGGUGGGCGAGUUAAUGGCCUUCAUGAUGGCUGUGAUCAGGAUGUGUUGUUUAUUAUGGGGGGCGUUCGUGUGCUUGAUCAAUGGAACGGGAGU